AUGGCAUACCGCCAUGUCCUCCCGGUCAUAUCCAGAGCAAUUGCUGGUCCUGGUCCUUCCACCAUAACACGAUAUUUGAAAUCUUCCGUCAGACGGCCUCUCCUUGCAUCGACACCUCUUUGCCCAGUUCAUCUUUGCAGGCAGAUGGCGGUAUCCCGCCGAUGGUCUAGUACACAAUCCCCUCUACCAAUCUCAGAGAAGAAUAAGAAUCUAGAUGACUCGCCUCACAGCUCAAGCUCAACCAACGAAAAACUGGUAGCGGAAGGGAAGGGAACGGGUUUGCCUAUUCCUGAGGGGGUAGCUACUGGCUCGACUUCUUUUUCUGGUACUGGUUCAGUACCGGAACAGGAUACUGGACCAAAUGACGUGAAGUACUCAAGAGAUUCUGAUACUUCUCGGCUAGAUGAAGCGAAUUCGUCAGAUACAUCAUCAUUACCAAAUUACCCAACCCUCCCUUCUUCUCUUUCAACGUCCACGUCCUUCAACUCUUCCGGUGAACCCAAAUCUCCGUCUCCUUCUUCGAUCUCACAGCCUCUCAAUUUAUCUUCCUCGAUAUCCUUGCCACCCGAAGUACGAGAACGCCUGACUGAGUGGUCUACUACGGUCUUACAGCAUUCCAAACGAGUAGCCAAAGAUGCGCAGAAAGGCUUGAUGGACUUGGGGUUGAGAGUGAAUGAGAUGACGGGGUAUAAGGAGGUAGAGAGGCUGAAGGGAUUGGUAUUCGAGAAAGAGGACAGUCUUCAGAAACUGCGUGAAUCUGCUCGUGCCGCCAAAUUAGCAUAUGACGAAGCAGUCUCUACCCGAUCCAACGCUCAGCGGGAUGUGAACACUCUGUUAGAACGUAAACAUUCAUGGGACGAUUCCGACGUAUUGCGAUUCACCCAUCUCGUCCGUCAAGAUCAUUCAUCUUCGCAUGCGGUGGUAAGGACUUCGACCGAGAUGAAGGAAGCAGAGAUGGAAGUUGAUAAAGCUUUCAACGAGUUGAUGCAAACUAUCUUACAGAGGUAUCAUGAAGAACAAGUUUGGUCAGAUAAGAUACGUAGUGUAUCCACCUAUGCGAACUUGUUGGGUUUAGCAUUAAAUGCGAUUAUCUUUCUUGGGGCGAUAGUCAUUGUGGAACCGUGGAAGAGAAAGAGGUUGGUGAAUAAGUUGGAAGAGAGGAUGAGUGAUAUGAUGUUGAAAGUGGAAAGUGGAUUGAAAGGUUUAGAAAGUAAAUUACAUGAAGGGACGGUUAGAGGCAAUGUCACGAUUGGUGAUUUCGAGAUGGUACAUCCUAUCAGCGACGAGAUUGUACCUAUCACACAGCCAGACACACCCACGAGUACAACGCCAAUAGAAGAUAGGACGAUAACGGACGAUCCUAUCCCCAUCGAUCUACCUCCAGAAAUAGCGACACCACCAUUAGAUCCUCUUAUCCCCUCUAUAUCGACAUCGACUGUGUCGAUGUUUGAACCCAUAAUCCAAACUCGAAUAGAAGGCUUACCACCUUACCUAAACGUCAUUACUCAACCUUCACAAGAGAGGGAUAUGGCAAUAGCUGGGAUGACCGGCGCAGCCAUGAUGGGACUAAUCAUCACUUUGGGGAAAUGGAUUCUCUCAUGA